UAACAAAAGUAAAGGACGCUUGAAGCAAAUCUAUAAGCUUUAGUAGUUUGUGUUGCAUGAUAAUUAUUUGUCUUUUAAGUUCAAUAUAAUAAAUAAUGGGAUCUGGAAAACUAAAGGUUGAAGUCUUGAAUGGACGCAAUCUGCAGAAUAAGGACACGUUCAGUAAAAGUGAUCCUUAUUGCAUGCUGGAGCUUGGUACUGUUGCACACAAAACAAAACAUCUUGACGGUGAUCUUAACCCCGACUGGAAUGAAACUUUCACGUUUGACGUCGACUCUGGAAUGGAUGCCAUAGCGUUGUCUAUUUGGGAUAAAAAUUCAAUCAAAAAAGACGUCUUUAUGGGUUAUUCUUUUGUUACGUUUGAUGAUUGUCAGCGUGGCAAGCCGACGCCUAAGAGUGCCAAUAUGUUGGGUGGUUGCACAGGUCAGAUCAAUUUGAUGGUUACUGCAGACUUUGAAACACAAGCAUCUAAAAUUGAAAACAUGACUCAACAACUUCAACAAGGUACUGCAGAUAACAACAAAUCAAAAGAUGAAAUUGCACGUCUGAAUGGAGAAGUGAAUCGAAUGUCUGCUGAGAAUGAUAGAUUUUCAGCUAACAAUAAAAAAUUGGAAGAAGAAAACAAAAAGUUUGAGGAGAACAAUAAUCGACUGGAAGCCUCUGUUAAUAAGUUGGAGGAUGAAAACAACAAAUUUGAGGCUAACAACAAAAAGCUGGAAGAAGAAAACAAAAAAUUUGAAGAAAAUAACAACCGUUUGGAAGCUUCAGUAAACAAAUUGGAAGGAGAAAAUAAAAAGUUUGAAGAAAACAACAAAAAGUUAGAACAAGAGAAUAAAAAAUUCGAAGAAAACAACUUGAAGCUGGAAGCUGAGGUAAAUAGAUUGGGUGGCGAGAUCAAUAAAAUGGCAGAAGAAAAUAACAAGUUUUCAGAAAACAAUAAAAAACUAGAGGAACAAGUUGGCAUGUUGGAAGGAGAAGUUUCCAAAAUGGGAGAGUUAAACAAAGAGUAUGAAGCAAAUAACAAAAAAUUAGAAGAAAAUGUAAAUAAACUGGAAGGUGAAGUUAAUAAAAUGACUGAAGAAAACAACAAGUUCUCUGAAAACAACAAGAAGUUGGAAGAACAAGUUGGACAGUUAACUGGAGAAGUGAAUAAAUUUACCGAAGAAAACAAUAAGUUCAAAGCCAACAACGAAAAAUUGGAACAAGAAGUUUCUAAAAUGGGUGCAGAGAAUGAAAAAAUGGCGGAAAACAAUAAAAAUCUAGCUGAUGAGAUUUCACGAUUGAAAGCAGAAAUUGAUAGAAUGGCAGAAGAGAAUAAAAAGUUUGCUGAAAACAACGAAAACCUUAAGAAAGAGGUUGAGAAAAUAACUGGUGAAAAUGAAAAAUUCGCAGAGAAUAAUAAGGUGUUACAAGAUGAAAACACUAAGUUUAUUGAGAACAACAAAACAUUAACAUUAACUGUCACUGAACUAAAAGAACAAGCAGAUAAAUUCCGUGAGAUCUACGAGAAAUUGCUGAAAGAAAAUGAAAAACUUGCACGGAUUAGAGAUGGGAUGCAGGAACAAUUAACGGGAUUUCAAAAACUGCAAGAGAUGAUUUUUGCACAGCUGAAUGAAAAAAUGCGAGCAAUGGAUCGUUCUCUGUUGGAGAAGAUAGCAGCAGACAUAGAAAUGAUGGAUAAUGAUCAAGGUUUGUCACGUGGAGAAUUUGAUAAAUUCAUGAAACGCGUGCCAACGCAUUUAAAAGAGAAGUUUGAGAAGAUUGCAGACGAUUUUCAAAAGUUUGAUCAAAACAAAGACAAUGUUAUCGAUUCCGAUGAAUUCGGAACAAUGUUGGAUCAAGUCAUGAAAGAAACUGAGAUACCGAGUGCAAGUUCUGAUGAAAAAAGAUGAUAAAUUCGUAUUUGUCCAAAUGGACCUAAAUAAUUCUUGCCUUAUAUAACACUUUAAAAAAGAUGUGUAUCGUUUUGAAUAUAUUUUGUGUCUUACGCACCGCUUGUCAACACCGCUUGUCAACAAAGAUCUGUAUCAACAUAAAAAUAUCAAAAGUUUCUUAAAAAUUAGAUAGAAUUAUCUUGUUUAUUAUCUUGAGAUAAAAUUUUGUAAAAUUAAAUAAUAAUUUAGA